CGGAAGUGUCGAAGCCCAUUUAUGUACUCCUACUUUUGACUUACCAUUGAUCUCUACACCCGGUAAGAUUGCAUUCCAUCGGAAGAACCACUUUUUUUUUCCCAAAAAAAAAUUUCUCUUGUUGUGCUUUUUCUUGUAUUUUUUUCUCAUUCCCGAUUUGCUUGACAACUACCGGCCUAGUUUCUUGUCUCAACAUGGGCAACACCCAGGCGGCGAAGACGACCCAGUUCUUUUUCGAGGGUCGCGCAAGGUUCAAUCGCAAUGGCUACUUGAACGCCCUCCAGGAGCAGCCAGAGCGGUUUAAGCAGGUGGACACUGCGAACCUCAGCAACCGGGUCUACAUGGUAACCGGGGCCAACAGCGGCAUUGGAAAGGAAGUCACGAGAUAUUUAGCGCAGCAGGGCGCAGAGAAGGUUUUCAUGGUCUGUCGCAGCAGUCAGCGCGGGGCUGAUGCGAAGAAUGCGAUCAUUGAGGAGAUCUCAAAAUCGGGCCAAUCGAGUGCAAGACAGGCCGAUGCGGGAGAGUUGCAAAAAGUUUUAGAAGUAGUCGAAGCCGACUGCGGCGUGCGUGCGUCUCUAGAUCAGGCUUUUGACCGGCUUAGCCUGAAGAAGCUAGACGGGCUGGUCUGCAACGCGGGAAUCCUAGAGUGGCAGCCCAAUUUCACCCCAGAAGGGUACGAGACGACGUUGGCCACGCACUUGGUUUUCGGAGUGUACCACGUAGCCAACCUCGCACUCCCCGCUUUGCGGAACACCGUUGACUCUCGUGUGGUUUUUGUUUCUAGUGGGGGAAUGUACAAUUGCAAGUGGCCGGGGUUCAGGCAACUAGUCGAGAAACCGGCCGAUGUGGGGAAAAAGGAUUUUGACGGACAGCUACAGUACGCGUAUGCGAAGCGCGGUCAGGUGAUUCUCGCGGAAGAGCUGGCAAAAGAGAACCGAAAUCCGAAAUUCGUCUCCUGUCACCCGGGCUGGUCCGACACCGUGGCGGUGCGGCAGGCAUACGGAAGCUCCGCAGCGCUCAUGGAGCCGAUGCGAAAUGCUUGGGAGGUAAGUGUGUUUUGUGUAUUAGUCCAUCAAGUUUUCUUUUGUCGCAUUUGGAAAUUUUACAGUGAAACUCUUCCAUUGCUAGAUCAUGUUCAGUAUGUGCUUUCGCAUGCAACCAGAGAUAGAAUUCCUGCAUUCCGCCUGAUCACAAAUCGCACAGGGCGCCAAAGGGAUUUGCUGGCUGCUUGCGGCCAAGGCUACUGACCUAGAGUCGGGAGGCUUCUACCUCGACUGCGCAACUCAGACGAAGCACCUAGACGGCAUGCUUUCAAGUAAAGAACACACUCAGAAUAGCAAAGAUGAAGUGGCUGACUUCAUGAAAGGACUCGCAAAAAGGACUUCAUCCAGCGGAAGGAUCAGCACCUCGUCAACUACGUGA